AUUCAAGCAAAAGAAUUAAAAAUGUUUAGCAAAAAAUCUGUUUUAGUUUUUGUCAUGUUUUAUUUUAUGUACCAAAGUGCAGAUUGCGGCAUAAGAAAAUCAUGGAAAGCUUUACAUUUCGAUUCAAGUAUACCGAAAUCUACAUCGAUAGAGAGUGAAAACCAUUCAAAUAAUAAUUUUGUAAAGACAACAGAAAAAACUGUCUCAAGUCCUUUUCCUUCCGCUGAAACUCUUAAGAAAAAAAUUAGUAGCAAAAUUAGAUCACCGCCAGAAUAUGCUGCUGAAAAUUAUAAUCUGAUGAAAGAAUUACAAAAAGAUGCAGUUUUAGAUAACGAAAAUAAAUACAAGAAAAACAAUGAAGUGAAAGAAAUUUUUAAUGAAAAAGUUCUUCUUAAUAAUGAUGAAAGUAAAGACGAUGAAACGUUAGAGGAACAAGAAGAUGAUUAUGAGGUUUCAAUUAGAAAAACAAAAGAAAAUUCUAGCUUAGAAAACGAGAAAGACGAAAUAACUUUAAAUGAAUUCAAAAAUGAAGAAAAUGUUGAAGAUGACUUUGAAGUGACAGCAACAGAAACGCCAAAUGUCAGCACAACUCAAUAUUCAAUCGGCAAAUUAAUGAACGUGUCAUUUGAUUCCGAAAGAAGUUCCGUUGGUGUCACCUUGAAUCGAGAGACACUCAGAAACAUUUUCAAAGGUCGUGGAAAGAAAUAUGGAAUAAUAGAACGUGUCGUCCCAUUGUUCAUUCUUCCAUUUAUCAUUCAGUCAGCUGUCGUUCCUUUUAUGGUUACAAUGAUCAAGCUUCUUCUUUUCAAAUCAAUGUUUGCCGGGAAAAUUGCUGUAAUGUUGUUGAUCCUUGGAGCUUUGAAAAAUCAUCAAAACAAUCUUUACAUGAAAUCAAUGCAAAGCUCGCCUUUCUCGAUGAAAGAUUCUUCUUAUCCAGAAAGAAGAAUGGUAACGAACGCCUUUGAAGGAUACAAAGUUGAAGGACAUCCAUCAGCUUUUAUAGCUUAAGAAAUUUUACAAGUUAGCUGACUAAGUAUUUAUGUAAACUUUUUGUUUUUAUCUCUUAAGUUCCACCAAAAGUUUCAAUUAAGUUUAAAUUAAAUUUACACGUUUAAUGCAACAAAAUAUUUAUAAUAAAAUUAAGAAAGCAUCAAUUUUUC